AUGUUCUAUUACAUAUCACCCAUAGCGUUGCUAUUCCAAUACUAUAUUACCAACGUUUGUGUACCUGUGUGUGCGUGUGUGUGUGUGUGUGUGUGUGUGUGUGUGUGUGUGUGUGUGUGUGUGAUAUGUGUCUGUCUGUCUAUCUGUAUAUGUGUCUGUAUCUGUGUCUAUCUGUAUAUGUGUCGGUCUGUCUGUAUAUGUCAAAUUUGA